AUGACUACGCCUGUGGAGGUAAUCCGAAACUUGUCGGAGCAACUAGAUGAAGAAGCAACUCCUCCCCCAUUACAGGUCGUCGGAAAUGAGCCUCCAUCGAACAUACCGAGGGAGGAACCGACCCCUGGUGCUGAAAGUUCGCUCCUCGGAGAUGGUAGUUCCACCAUAACGCUCACCUUGGAAAAUCUGAAGUCUUUAAUCGCGGCGGCAGCAAGGGGGCCGUCGCCUCAGGGAAGAGCGGAGGACACGACCGCUAAAAGAAAAACGGCAGGUAGCGAGGAGGCCAGGCAGCAGACCGGCGAGCUCGAGGAUUUCCUUCCGGAGGAGGAUGAGGGGAUGGCGGGAACGCCAUUCACCGAAAGGCUGCAGCACGGAGAAUUGCCCGCUACUUUCAAGCAUGUCACAUACGAAUACACCGGGAUCACGGACCCCUGGGAGCACCUGUCAAGGUUUAUUACCUCUGCCUCCCUCCAUCGACUAACGGACGGCGUGAAAUGCCGGGUAUUCGCAACCACGUUAGCGGGCCCAGCCCAGAGAUGGUUCAGCCAACUCCCGCGCUGCUCGGUGCACAGUUUCGCGCAAUUCAGUGAAGUGUUCCUAAACCACUUCGCUAGCUCGAAAAAGCAAAAAAGAAGCACCCUCACCUUGUUCGCGGUACGACAGAAGGAGAACGAGCCCCUAAGGAGCUACGUACAAAGGUUCAAUACGGCGACUUUGGAGGUCCCUGCCACCAGCGAGGAAGUACUCAUCAACGCGUUAGCACAAGGACUGCGCAUGGGGGAAUUCUUCGACUCCCUCUCCAAGAAGGCCCCCGUCUCCUUUAACGAUCUGCUCAGGAGGGCAGAGAAAUACAUAAACGCAGAGGAGGCCCGAAGGAGCAGGACCAUGGAUAGCACACCACCAGCAGAAAGGCGGAGAGAGAGACCCCGCGAGGAAAUAAGGAAGCAGGAGCCCACCCCUAGACGGGAGCCGGGCAUGGACAGGCGGGUGGGCCCUCGCUUCGAAAACUAUGCGCCUCUCUCCUCGGCCCCCUCGGAAAUACUGAUCGCCAUUGCCAACCACCCUAAGCUCAAGUGGCCCCGAACUUACGCAGAGGUCCCAAGAAAGCCCGCUAACUCCGGGCCCUAUUGUAGAUUCCAUAAUGAGCAUGGUCAUUCCACUGACGAAUGCCAGCACUUAAGAGAUGAAAUCGAGAGACUGAUCAGGGGCAAGAAUCUUUCGGAAUUCGUUGGCGGUAAUCCCAGUGGGAUAAGGCAGGCCAAGAAGGGAGAUAGCUCGAACCGGCCUCCGACCAACGCGAGCGGAACUACAGAGGCGGUGAGGCCCCCUAAUAGUUACAUUCACACGAUCUUCGGGGGCCCCAUCGGUGGAGACUCGAACAGGUCCCGACGGGCGCACCUACGAGAGUUGCAGGAGCUAAGGGGAGAACUCGCCAUGAUGUACCGGGUAUCGAUAGCCCCGCCGAUCACGUUCGGAGUGCAAGACGAGACUGGAAUACAACAACCGCACAACGACGCGUUGGUCAUCACAGCCAUGGUAGCCAAUUAUGACGUGGCCAGAAUAUUGGUAGAUACGGGUAGCUCGGCAGACAUCAUCUACUACGACUGUUUUAAGCAGAUGAGACUGAACUUCGAAGUCCGAAGGGUGGACACGGCGCUCAUUGGCUUCGCCGGAGAGGUAGUACAACCCAUGGGCGAGGUAACACUACCCGUGUCCUUGGGGACUGAGCCCCUACGCGCCACCCGAGCCGUCAGGUUCCUGAUCAUAGACGCGCCGUCAACGUAUAAUAUGAUAAUGGGACGACCCUCAAUGAACUCGUUCGAAGCCGUCGUAUCCACUUUCCACAUGAAGAUGAAAUUCCCGGUCCUGGAUCGGGUAGGCGAAGUUCGGGGAGAUCAGGAGACGUCAAGACGGUGCUACAACCAAGCGCUGAAGGGGCAGCGGCGCAUUAAUCCCGUCGGAUGGGGAAGAUGUUCAGAGAAGCCCGAGGGUGACGGUGUGGAUAAGGUGAAGGAAAAGAGGCCCCGCGAGGACUCGGACGAAGAAGGAGAAGGGCACAUCCAACCAAUGGAGGAAUUACAAGUAGUUCACCUAAGCGAGAGCGACCCUACCCGGGUCACCAAAAUAGGAACAAGAAUGGAUAGCGAAACGACUGGGAGGUUGAUAUCGUUUCUACGAGACCACCAGGACGUGUUCGCCUGGUCUCCUAGAGACUUGGUCGGGAUAGACCCCGCCAUAGCCGUCCACAAGUUAAACGUAAGGCCCGGCGCCUGCCCCGUAAAGCAGAAAAGAAGACACUUCGGAGCAGAGAAGGAUAGGAUCAUUGAGGAGGAAGUAAAAAAGUUACUCGAGGCCGGACAUAUCAAAGAGGUCCGAUUCCCGACCUGGCUGUCAAACGCUGUGCUAGUAAAAAAGACGGACGGAAGAUGGAGGAUGUGCAUAGAUUUCCGUGACCUGAACCAAGCAUGCCCUAAAGAUCACUACCCCCUGCCAAGGAUCGACCAGCUAGUGGACUCAACCGCGGGGUGCGCGAUGUUAAGCAUGAUGGACGCCUCGCAAGGAUACCAUCAGAUUCGCCUAGACAAGGAGGACCAACCCAAGGUAAGCUUUGUAACCUCUACGGGAACAUACUGCUAUGUUGUGAUGCCGUUCGGGUUGAAGAACGCGGGCGCAACAUACCAGAGAUUGGUGGACACCAUGUUCCGAACACAGUUAGGACGAAACAUGGAGGUAUACGUGGAUGACAUGCUGGUCAAAAGCAAGGAGGUCAACGAGCAUCUCGACGACCUGCGGGAGACGUUUACGACACUACGGAAGUACGGAAUGAAACUCAACCCUACCAAAUGCGCGUUCGGCGUGGAAACGGGAAAAUUUUUAGGCUACAUGGUAACCAAGCAAGGAGUGGAGGCUAACCCGGAGAAGGUACGGGCUAUAAUGGAGAUGCUGCCCCCAAAAAAUAUAAAAGAAGUACAGACAUUGGCUGGCCGAAUCACAGCGUUAAGCCGCUUCAUCUCGCGGGCAGCCGACACCAGCUACCCGUUCUUUAGAAUCCUACGCAAGGGACACCGUUUCCAGUGGGGUGAUGAGGCCGAUCGUGCGUUCGAACAGCUGAAGGAAUCCCUCACUCGACUACCCCUGCUCGCGAAGCCGGAGGUCGGGGAGAAAUUGUACGUUUACUUGGCGGCAGGCUGUCAGGCCGUGAGUGCGGUACUGUUGAGCGAAAGAAACGGAAUCCAGCGUCCUGUCUACUACGUAAGUCGGAUGCUCAGAGGAGCUGAAAAAAAUUACUCGGAGAUCGAAAGAACAGGAUUAGCUCUCGUGGUCACGGCGCGAAAAUUGAGACCAUAUUUCCUGUCACACACAAUAAUAGUGCGAACCAACCUUCCCCUAAAAGGAACGUUGGGAAAGAUGGACGUGUCCGGCCGAAUGGUUAAAUGGGCAGUAGAGUUAGGACAAUUCGACAUCGGGUACGAGGCGCAGGCCGCCAUCAAGGGGCAAAUAUUGGCAGACUUUUUGCAAGGGACGGCACAGGAGAAAGAAGUCGGGGAGUGGAGGAUCUUUAUCGAUGGUUCCGCCACCCAGUCGGGAAGCGGAGCCGGGGUGUUGUUAAUUGACCCGGAAGGGGAGGAGUAUGAGUACGCAAUUCGAUUGGCCUUUCGAGCGUCAAACAACGAAGCUGAGUAUGAGGCCCUGCUGCACGCCCUGCAAUUGGCCUCCGAUGCAGGAGCCGAUUCUUUGGAAAUACUCUCUGACUCACAACUAGUCGUCCAACAAUUCAACGGUGUGUUUGAGACGAAGGACGAACGAAUGGAGGAAUACUGCAUCAGGGCAAAAAGACUAGCCGAGGGCUUCCAUAGGAUGGUGCUCAGACAGAUCCCGAGGGAGGAAAACGAGAAGGCAGAUUUCCUGGCAAAGAUAGGAAGUAUGUCCACUGACUGUACUUCAAGGAAGAUAACAAUCCUCGAGGGACAGCCAAGGGAGCGUUAUGAGGUAGCAACAACGGGGUUAGCCAAAGACUGGCGACAAAGCAUCAUAGGAUGCUUAAAGGGUGAAGUGUUAUCCUGUCGGAGGGAGCAGGGCAAGUUAGAACUGAGGUCGAGAAACUUUUGUUUAGAUAGAGGGAUAUUAUAUAAACGCGGAUUUACCAGGCCCCACCUGAGAUGCCUCAGCGAGGCCGAAGGAGCCAAUGCGAUCAGGGAGGUCCACGAGGGCUGUUGCGCGGAUCAUGCCGGAGGCCGAGCGCUCGCAACGCGAUUGCUGAGGGCAGGGUAUUUCUGGCCAACUAUGAGGAGGGACGCGGUACAAUUUGUAAGAGGUUGUGACAAAUGUCAGAGAUACGGCCCACGCAUACACACGCCCGGAGAGGAGAUGACAAUAGUGGACGCCCCCUGCCCGUUCGCCCAGUGGGGAAUCGAUAUCGUGGGUCCCUUACCACUCGCGGCGGGGCAAAGGAAGUUUCUGAUAGUCGCCAUAGAUUACUUCUCCAAAUGGGUCGAGGCCGAAGCAUUGGCAAGAAUCACGGACUCAGAAGUAAUGAAGUUUAUAUGGCAAAACAUAUGUUGUAGGUAUGGGCUACCGAGAGACCUCGUCUCAGACAACGGCACGCAGUUCAAUUCGGCACGAAUGACCAAGUGGUGUAAGGGCCUGGGUAUAAGGCAGAGGUACGCGGCGGUGGCACAUCCGCAAGCAAAUGGGCAGGUCGAGGUAACAAACAGGGUUAUAAUCGAGGGCAUCAAGAAGCGGCUGGACAAAGCAAAGGGCAAUUGGGUCGACGAGCUGCACUCGGUCUUAUGGGCGCACCGGACGUCCCCCAAGGAGGCCACGGGAGAGACUCCGUUCUCGCUAGUACACGGGUCGGAGGCGGUGAUACCACUGGAGAUCGGAAUACCCUCAAGGCGAGUAAAAAACUUCAACGAGGCGGGGAAUGAAGAAGAACUGAGAAUCAACCUGGACUUCGUAGAGGAGCUGAGAGAGCAGGCCGCGAUCCGAAUGGAAGCAAGCAAGGCAAGGAUGAAAAAUGCCUACGACAGGAAAGUAAAGAAAAGGCACUUCCAGGUGGGAGACCUGGUGCUCAAACAGGCAGACGCCCUAAAAGCCACCGGAAAAAUGGAGCCUAACUGGGAAGGACCUUACAUCAUCAAGAAGAUACUGAAGGGAGGAGCAUACGAGUUGGCCACAGCCAACGGGAGUAAACUCCCCCGGCCAUGGAACAUAGGACACCUAAAAAAAUAUUUUGCAUGA